GAGAGGGUAGGACGUAGCGCUGUUUUAGCGUAUGGCGCGAAAUUUGAAUGUUUGAAUUACGAUUGUGACUUUUGAAAACAUUUUCAAUUGAGUGCUAGCUUUUGUGCAAUUUGUGACGUUAUCGUUGGAGUUUAUAUAGAAACUGGGAUGUUUAAAUUUUGUGAAUUAGAAACAAGAAAAUGUUGACAAGUGUUUAUAGUGUUUGGGAGUUAGUACACCGAAGUCUGCGGCAAUAGACUUCAAGAUGGACACGUUAGCUGUUGUGACGUCACUCAUAGGCCUUAUUUGCUUAGGUCCAGCUAAAGGUGGUAUAAACGAUGAUUACGUAGGAAACGGCGAAGCGCCUUACAUAAUAGAACAACCCUUAGAUGUGACCGUAGCUCGACAUCAACCUGCAACGUUGAACUGCAGAGCUGGCGGUUCUCCUACACCAACUAUCAGAUGGUACAAAAGUGGAACUCUGGUCGUCUCAGAUACUCAUCGAAGUCUCCUACCAGCUGGAGAUUUAUUCUUCCUCAGAGCGACACAUGGCAGAGCACAUUCAGACGCUGGAGUGUAUUGGUGUGAAGCAGCGAAUCCUUAUGGAACUGCUAGAAGCAGGAAUGCUACAUUACAUGUUGCUGUGUUACGCGAAGAAUUCCGUCUGGAACCGGUGACGACGCAAACAGCGCAAGGUGAGACGGUAAUACUAGAAUGUUCGCCGCCAAGAGGAUCCCCAGAGCCUUCAGUUUAUUGGAAAAAGAACGGACAAGUUCUACAUUUUGAUGGCGACUCAAGGAUGCAUUUAGUUGAUGGAGGCAGCCUAGUGAUACAAGAUGCGAGACAAACCGAUACUGGCAGAUAUCAGUGCCUUGCGAGAAAUGCUGCUGGCACUAGAGAAUCUGCUGUUGCUACAUUAAAAAUACACAUCAAACCAUAUUUGAUCUCUGGUCCGGAGGAUAUAGUUGCGCAAACCGGAGGCAGUGUGACGUUCCAGUGCCGAGUGGGCGGCGACCCCCUGCCCGACGUGCUGUGGCGGCGCACGACGACGUCUGGAAAACCAGAACCUACUAUGUUCUGGAGUAUAGAAGGCAAUCGAACUAUUAUUCUACCAGGAAUGUCAAAAGGCAAAUAUCACGCCUCACCUGUAAUUAACGGCAUUUCAACUCUCACAAUUAAUGAUACAAAGAAAAACGACAGUGGUAGCACGAUAGUUUGCUCAGCGGUUAACUUUGCGGGGAGUUCAUUUCUUAGAGGCAAACUAACCGUAACAUCGGACGAUGACCGGCCCCCACCGAUCAUAACAAACGGUCCCUCUAACCAAACCUUACCGAUAAAAUCGAUGGCAGUUUUCCCCUGUUCGGCGAUCGGCACACCUGAACCGGUCAUAGCUUGGUACUUUGAAGGGGAAGCUUUGAUACAAAACUACAGAAGAAACAUUUCGGGCAGUGGCACACUUAUUUUAAAAGAUUUAGAUAAAAGUGAUAGCGGUACAUAUACGUGUGUCGCUUCUUCCCCUCAAGGAAAAUAUGUUUGGAGUGGAGUUUUGAUUGUAGAUACACCAACAAAUCCUAACAUACAUUUCUUUAGAGCCGCAGACAAUUCUUCGUUACCAGGACCACCAACGAAGCCACAAAUAUUUAACAUUACAGAAACAAGUGUAACCCUUACAUGGAAUCAAAACAAUAAAAUUGGAUCAUCGUCUAUUCUAGGAUAUCAAAUUGAAGUAUUUUCCCGAGAGACACUCUCUGGAAACAAUACACCGAGAAAUUCACGUGGUUGGGUUACCGUAGCUAAGAGAAUACAUCAUACACAGUUUGUUGUGAAAUCUCUCAUACCUGGAAUUACUUAUAUGUUUAUUGUAAGGGCAGAAAAUUCUCACGGACUGUCAGCACCUAGUCCAGUUUCUGAUUCAGUGACAGUCGGUGAGGAUAAUUUAUGGUCCAAUGGAUUUUUCUCGAACAGCACAGAGAAUAGAAAUAAUAUAAUGACAGACAACAUCGUAGAGCUCAUCGAAGCGACUCCGAUCGAUUCAAAAACAAUAAAGCUUAUGUGGGAAAUUUUAAACUUCUUUUAUCUGGAAGGUCUUUUUAUAUAUUUUCGUCCGCUGGAUAAUUCAACUGAAGAAUACGAAAUGAAAACUAUUUUACAUUCAAACGACGUAUCUGGAUACGAAAUAACAUCUUUACGGAAAUAUACUAAAUAUGAAUUUUUCCUCAUACCUUUCUACAAGAAAUUUGAAGGGAAACCCUCCAAUUCCAGGGUUGCACAAACUUUAGACGAUGUACCAGAUGGACCUCCAAUAAAUAUUGAACUGCUGAUAUUAAAUUCAACAACAGUUCACUUAAAAUGGUUUCCACCAGAAGGUAACCUGCAAAACGGUAUCAUUAUCGGUUACAAUGUCCUCGUAAAUUGGUUAGAUAUCCCUGCAAAUAAAUCAAUGGUGGCAAUAAACACGACAGUUCAACAAGCAACUAGUCUAAUAAUGACAAAUCUGACGACAGGAGUCAGUUAUUCCGUACAAAUUGCAGCCGAGACAUUAGUUGGCUUAGGACCGUUCAGUCAAAAGGUGUAUUUCAACACGGAUUCUCGAUCUAUUGGAUUAGAUCCGUUGUCGAGGUAUCCAAUAAAUGGCGAGGUAUCAAUCGUAGCAGGAGAUUUUGUGCUUGAGUCAUGGUUCUAUUUCCUUAUCGGUGCAAUAAUAUUAUUUAAAAUCAUAAUGAUCGGCGGUAUCAUUUAUGUGCGGAAGCAUAAUAUAUUUGCGAAAAAGUCUGCUCUACCAAAUAUAUACGAUUCCAAUGGUACGAGUUUGGUUACUCAAAUGAAUAUAAAAGCUGCGGUAUCAUUGUCACAUCCACUGAGCAGCUGCUACAAUAAAAAUGCAGUAACAAAAACGGAAUCUCUCUUAUGGAUGGAAAACCAGCCUGGCUUGUGUAUGUCUGGUACACAUACAAGUCAGAGCAAAGAUAAAACAAAUACAGAAUAUGAUAAAGUAGCACAGCCAUUACCUGAAUAUGCUGAAGUAUCAUCUUCGAGAGUGAAUGGCAACGAGUGGAACACUACUAAAACUGUGAAUAGCCCCGCAGCGUACGCUUCAGUAACUCUAGUUGCUAACACUCGGCAGUGCGUUAGCUCGCUGGGCUGGUUUCCUCCAGGAAGCAAAAAUUUGGAUAAUUUUGAUAACUCCUACAUGCCAGAUGAAGAACUGUAUCCCGCAAGCAAUGGUGGCUAUUACAACCGAAAUGUAUACAGUGAGAAAUAUUUUCAAGGUCAUCCUAAUGUAUUGAAGUUUCACGAUUUACCGUCUCUAGAAAAAACACAAAAGGCUCAAAUAAGAUAUAACCAGAGUAUGGAAGACAGGAAAAGUGAUAUCAAAACGGAUGUCACCCAGUCAUUGAUAGGACGACAGUGUGGUAUAAAUUCGCGAAACAAUUCUGAAUCCGAGGCAACGUACAGAGCUUUUGGUGAAGAGGAGUCGGAUGAAGAGAAUUAUUCGGUUGAGUUAGCUUACGACGAAUUGAAUCAACAAAGGCAUAGAGCUAAACAUCAAUACGAAAGGCCUAAUUUCGACAACGACGGUACACGGACACUAGCCCGACUGACGUCAUUCAGGCACGGCCAGACAGUGCUGAGUGGCGCGUCGCAAGCCCCCCUUGCACCUCCCCACCCUCCCCCGGCGCCACACCCGCGUGUUGAUUCAGUGACACGGUAGUAUCACGCCCUGCCGGUUUUCGGCGACUUGUGCCAAACGGACGUUUAGACCGACUUGUUUCACAAGAGUGAUUAAAUUAGUGACAUCAUUAGAGAUCGCAGCUCUUCCUUACACUGUAGAGAUCUUUUUGAUGUAAUAUAUUAUGUAUAAUUUCUUCCUUGAUUGGACUCUACGGACACUUUUCUGUUAGAACUAUUCCUUGAUGGCCUAAUGACACUUUUGUACAAUGCUUUCUUUGGUAUAACUAUUAUAGCUUCAUAUGUAAUGAUUGUUUAUCAUAUAAACUAGUCUUUAUAGUUAUUGAAUUGUAAAUAAUGUAAAUAGAAUAUUAUUGGUAAAUGUAUUUAAUGCUUAAAGUAAAAUAUAUUAUUCCUAAGAUUAUAUAAUAUGAUAAUGUAUAUCGUAAUAAUUUAAUGUAAUUAUCUACUGGGAUUGAAUAAAAUCGAUUCGUCCGUCUCGAUAUUGAUAAACGAAUUUGUAACCAUAUAUCAUUAGUAUAAGUAUAAUCUGAGAAUGAAAUACGCUUGGCAAUAAUUGAUAAUAACUUACAUUUCACUGUUAUGUAAAUAAUGUGUAACUUUAAGAAAUUCUUCUUAAAUACAUUUAUCGUUUUUCUAGCAAAUGGUAUUACUUUGCACGUUAUAAAGGCCUAGUAUUAAAUUUGAACACGAUUAGUAUAAAGAAGUUUGCAACUAAAAAGUAUUUAAGGUUGAAUUUGUUCAUAGAUUGAAUAGACUGUUGUAGAAAUAGGGUUAAUAAAACUAUAGCAUUUCCUUCAAAUUUACUUUUAAUUUUAUUUCGAGUGCCAUAAGACUUUAUUCCUAUUGUAAAAAUUCAAGUACUAACAUUCGAGUUGUGAGAUGAAAUUCAAAUGAAGCUUUUAUAAAGUGAAAUUUAAUCUACGUAAGUUAAUGUGAUAUGAGUUAAAUUAUAACCACUUGUUAUUACAGCAUAGCACGACAUGUAUUGCAUAUCAUCUAUGUUAAGUAAGUUAUAAGUAAACAAUGUUAACUUAGGACGCUUCUAAAUAAAGAAUAAUGACACUCCUGUCAUACAUACUGGCAUCCUUGUCAUUCACUUUGUAAAAACUGAGACAGUAUGUCAGUAUAAGCGUAACAGUAGUGGAACUUUCGGUAUAGUUAAACAUGGAUAUCUGACCCGAUGAGAGAGAGACACUGCUGUCAUUUGUCAGAAAAUACCAAUUUGUACAUAGAGAAAGACAUAAAAGAUUAAAAUUACCCAAACAGAUACAGUACAAGCAGAGUUAAAAAAUAAAAAGAUAGUACAGAUAACACUACGCUUGAAACAUUUUUCGCAUUCACACUAGCGCUACCUGGUGUCCGAAAAUGAAAAUCACAAACAAACAUGUAAUUUACAGCUGAGAAGCGUCUCGGCAUGUCAAAUUCCACAUUGAGAUAUUACCGUACAAAGAAGUUACCAGUGAAAAAAUGUUGUUUCCUAUGUCUAGUCUACAUAUUUCUUAGACGUCUUUGAGUACAACAAAGAUCUUGUGAUCCUCAUUGACAGGGUGGCGUUAGUGUGCUGUCAUUUAGAUUGACUUCAACCCACCGGGUCAAAUAUCCUUGUCGGUCUACAAAUAUGUACAUACAUACUAUGUAAUAUGCAAACAAAAGCUUUUUUCUACUUCAUUAUUGUAACUUCAAACCUUAAGUUACAAGAACAAUAUAUCUACUAUCCUUAUAUUUUUAUACUUUAAUUCUUUCGUUUCUAGAAAUUAGUGGAACAUUUCGCUCAAUUGUAAAAACUUAAGACGCAAUCUAAUUAGUGUCACUUAUCAAAUAAUAAAAAAUAAUAUUAAACACUGUGAACGUUAACUCUUAAUAAACAUAAACUACAAUUAAAAAUAACUCUUUUUUUGAAACAACAAUUAUUUCUAAAGCUACCACUGAAAUGUUAUAUAAACUGUUCU